CUCAAAUGUCUGGCUAAAGAGUUAUCCGAGAAUCCCAUUAACUUAUCAAGGUAUUACUGGUUAAAUCAUCUUAUUAUCUGGUAAUAUUAAAUUGACAUUUUGUAUAAGUAUAAGACUUUUAUCGAGAAUAAUACCUGACAAAUAUAAUACUGGAUAUAAUUAUGCAACAAUGCAUUGAAAUUAAAUUAUAGUGUAUUGUAUUUAUUGUACAAUAUUUGCGACCUUUAAUACAGUGUUCCCCUGAAUUGAGUGCAGUUUUAGUGCGGUUUGUAUUUAUUUAACUACAAUGUCCUCGACAACCUGAUUAUCUCAAUGUAGUACGUGAUGGAUACAAAUACCAGGGAAACUCUGGCAGGGAUUGCCUUUAAAUAGCAAAUAUAUUUCACUCAUUCAACACAUCCACUGAAAUCAUGAAUUUAUAAUUGACUUUGAACUGCAAACUUACACAUAAUUGUUAUAACACUUGAAUGCAAUAAGACUUAUUGAAUAAGUUAUAUAACUUAACACUUGAAAUAAAUUAGUUUCAAAAACUUUUAAACUCAUCAAAAAAACUCAACUACUUUUGAGACCAGUUAUGAGUCUAAUUGGGAAACGAGUGCUCUUUCGUCAGCUAUUUGACAGAAUAUCGUGCACAUAUACCUACCUAUUGGCCGAUAAGGUGACCAAAGAGGCCAUCCUUAUUGAUCCGGUGCUCGAGUGCGUGGACAGGGAUUUGCAGACCGUUCAAGAGCUCGGACUUAACAUUUUAAUUAAAUUUCUAAACCUAUUAACUGACUGCCCAUUAGGCCAUACAUCUGGUUGUGUGACAUACGUGGACACCGAUAAUGGACUCGUAUUUACCGGCGAUGCCCUACUUAUAAGAGGGUGUGGGCGUACGGACUUUCAACAGGGUGAUUCUGGCCUAUUAUACGAGUCCAUACAUCAAAAGAUAUUUACAUUACCCGACAAUUUUUACGUACUUCCCGCUCAUGACUAUAAGGGACAAUUGGUGUCGACUGUGUCCGAGGAAAAGCGGUUUAAUCCACGGCUAACCAAAUCAAAGGAGGAGUUCAUAGACAUUAUGGCUAACCUUAAACUGGAUUUGCCUAAAAUGAUUGAUAUAGCUGUUCCCAAUAAUCUGAUACUGUCGACAAUUGAUCACCGGAUCAGACAUUCAUUCACUUAUGACUCAGUAUUUCAUGUGUUUCCGUGUCUCACAUCUCAAGACUACUUCCAAUCGACGAAUACUAACAACUCUUUUCUAUUCCCUUCUCAACAGACAUGCGAUUGGUUUCAGAUCACUGGUGGGGUCCCAGUGCUGACCAGACAUCUCAUCAGUGGUGCCAUUGGUGUGAAGACAACGAGUUCUGGAGGAACUGGCGCUCAAUGUUUUGAGACUUCGAGACGAAGACCUACUGGUGGUGACAGCACUGGUACUAACGUCCGGCCAUACCAUUGGUGUCGUGUUUGGAGCCGUCUUUCAAACGACGAGGAGUUCCCGCCUUCGGAAGACACACAGAGAGAGGGCAACGGAGACCUACCGCUCAAGACAUCGGAAGCAAACCAUAAGACAAUACCUUUGGUGUCGUCGGUGACAGUUUGGACGCCACGACCAUCGAUGACAGACAAUGACUCUCAGCCCCAGCAGAGAGUAGUCUUCGACUCAACGGAUCCCUUGUCUACAAACCCAUCGCACGACAUAACACUCCAACACUUGUCUAACCGUUGGAUGUGUUGUAUUGUCUUAUGUUGUCUACCAUUCCAUCCCUUCCUCUCAACACUCGUGGCCUCCGAAGACGAGAACCGAUUGUCAGGCGAUCGACGACUCCAUACACGACUCGAUUGGUAUGACUGGACGCCAACACCAGUGCUGUUGACACCAGUUGUCAAGUCUUGGGUCGAAGUGUACUCAACAGUCACUACAAACUCAUUGAACGGCUGUUCGUCUGGACCUCACGUCUUGACACGAAUGACACCAUCGAUGAGAUGGAAGGUCUUCACGAAGACAUCACCGGCCGGUCACUGA